AUGGCGCCGAAAUCUAAGAGGUGUAAAGUGCAGGGAAAGGGGCCCGGACGCUACUCCGAUCGCCUGUCCGCCGGUGCGACCGCCGAUGUGCCUGAGGCGCGCUCGGGCGACCUUUCCGACCAAGCCCUCCCAAAAGGCGUGGCCACCGGUUUCGCCAGAGGUGAAGCAUCUUUCCUAGUUUCUGCUUUGAUAUUUUGUUGCGAUGUUGAUAUUGUUGUGGUUUUCGGGGGCGAGGUUCCCCGCUUUCUCCCGAAGGAGGUGGAGAAGAUCAGAGACCCUCCGGCGCGGGAACUCGCCAAAAGGAUCCAGAGACUUCCCGUCAACGUAAGCUUCUUGAAAAGCUCUAUUCCAAGUAGUUGUGUGAAGCCACUGCAACGUAAGGAAACAGAACCAGUUGUUCUCCUUCAUGGUUUUGACAGUUCAUGCUUAGAAUGGAGAUACACAUAUCCAUUGCUUGAGGAUGCUGGUCUAGAGACAUGGGCACUGGAUAUUCUUGGAUGGGGUUUCUCUGAUUUAGAAACUCUACCACCAUGUAAUGUUGCUGCCAAGCGUGAACAUCUUUAUCAGCUUUGGAGGUCUUAUAUCGAAAGGCCCAUGGUAUUGGUUGGACCGAGCCUUGGUGCUGCAGUUGCAAUUGAUUUUGCAGCUAAUCAUCCAGAAGCGGUGGCAAAAUUGAUUUUGAUUGAUGCAAGUGUAUAUGCAGAGGGGACAGGAAAUCUGAAAAAAUUACCUAAACCAAUAGCUUAUGCUGGAGUAGCUUUUUUGAAGAGUUUGCCGUUGCGGAUGUUUGCAAAUUCCUUGGUCUUCAGCAAUAUUUCGUUUUUCACCUCCCUUGAUUGGACAAAUAUUGGUCGGCUCCACUGCUUACUACCCUGGUGGGAGGAUGUGACUGUUGAUUUUAUGAUUAGUGGGGGUUAUAAUGUUGGCCAUCAAAUAAAGCAGGUUAAACAGAAAACACUUAUCAUAUGGGGAGAGAAUGAUCAAGUUAUCAGUAAUAUACUAGCCCAGGUCAAAAACAGCAACUUCAUUCGUUAUUGCUGCAACUAUCACUACAAGAGAUUGGACAUCGAGCUCCCAAAUUCAAUUUUACGUCAGAUACCAGAAUGCGGUCAUCUUCCUCAUGUUGAAAAGCCAGGGUCGGUAGCUGAGAUUAUGUUAGAGUUUCUUCAAGGGGAUCAUGGCUUAAAGACAUCAGUGUAUUCUCAAAAUAUUGCAGUCGCAUGAGUCAUUACGUAUAUAAGUGAUCUGAAUGUACCACUUUUGACGCUACAUGUUCUGUUAGUUCUUUUAUGGUUUGUGUAAAUGCCAGUGUUAUGUAUGUGAAGAAAUUAACAUCUUACAUUGUGAGAGGGAUAGGGUGAAUAUUGUUUCUGAUCACAGAGUGACGAAGUUGGACAAACUCUGUUAGAUUUAUUUCCUUUUUUCCAAUGACAAUUCAAUCUGGUAAAAUCUCA